GCAGUCGACGCAUCAUCGCACGUACUUUACGCACGCUGGAUGCAGAGACCCGGUCGAAGAUGAUGCUUAGACCGGCUCAGAUGGGCUUUCUCUCGGGGUUCAUGUAUCAGGUAGCGGUGGUAUGGUUGCCGGUGCUUGUGUAAAAUGCACUGGAGCAGACCGGGUGUGCUGGUCGGCCUAGCGGAGCUCGGCUGCUGCUGCUCGCCUUCGCCUCUCCCAUUUCUAUUCUAGUACUUUUUUAUUGUAGCUUUAUUAUUUCCAGGUCAAAAUCUCAGUUUCCUGUGCGGCUUGUUUGUACUAAAAAUGGCCGGAGAUGGCGGCGCUCUGAAGGAUAUCAAUGAGAUUAAAUCCCAGUUCCGGACCAGAGAGGGCUUCUACAAGCUGCUCACCCUCUCGGACUCGCAGCAGCGGGGCGGGCUGCCGCGGGGUCCGUCCGCCGGAGCCACGCUGGGCCCAGGGGCUGGACCCGGUACGAUACCCGGCGGAGGGGUCGGGCUGCUGCAGGGGCCCGGGGCUGCCGCCGCCGCCGCUGCCGCCGCCGCCGCCGCCUCCUCCUCUUCCAAUGCCGCAGCCAACUCCUCUCCGGCGGGCUUCCUGCCGCCGGUCCGGGUCUCUAUGGUCAAGCUGCAGCCCGAAGACCCGAGCGAGGAGUCGGAGCGGGUGUGCUUCAACAUCGGCAGGGAGUUGUAUUUUUACACGUACACCAACAUCAAGAAGGCUGUAGACCUCAGUAAGCCGAUAGACAAGAGAAUCUACAAAGGGACUCAGCCGACGUGUCACGACUUCAACCAGUACUCGGCCACAGCGGAGAGCGUAGCUCUCAUCGUGGGUUUCUCAGCCGGACAGGUCCAGUAUCUCGACCCCAUCAAGAAGGAAACGAGUAAACUCUUCAACGAGGAGAGGUUGAUAGACAAAUCGAAGGUGACGUGUCUAAAGUGGCUUCCCAAAUCGGAGAACCUGUUCCUGGCCUCCCACGCCAGCGGCCACCUCUACCUCUACAACGUGGACCACCCGUGUGGCACCACAGCCCCGCAGUACUCUCUCCUGCGGCAGGGCGAAGGCUUCGCCGUCUACGCCUGCAAAACCAAGACGCCGCGCAACCCGUUGUUACGAUGGGCCGUGGGUGAGGGAGGCCUGAACGAGUUCGCUUUCUCCCCGGAUGGUGUGCACGUGGCGUGCGUGGGUCAGGACGGCUGCUUGCGCGUCUUCCACUUUGACUCGAUGGAGCUGCAAGGAGUGAUGAAGAGCUACUUCGGCGGGCUGCUGUGCGUGUCAUGGAGCCCCGACGGGAAAUAUCUAGCCACCGGCGGAGAGGAUGACCUGGUCACCGUCUGGUCGUUUGCAGAAAGUCGUGUGGUUGCAAGAGGUCACGGCCACAAGUCCUGGGUCAAUGUAGUGGCAUUCGACCCCUUCACCACUUCCCUGGAAGAUGAAGAGCCGAUGGAGCUCAGCGGCAGCGAGGAGGACCUCCACCAGGGGGCACCAAAUAACUCCAUGCACUUCGGCCGGGUCCGAACAAGCAGCACGUUGUCGCGUCUCUCACGGCACAGCUCUAAAGGUGGCGGUUCGGCGGCGGUCACAUACAGGUUCGGUUCGGUCGGGCAGGACACCCAGUUCUGUCUGUGGGACUUGACGGAUGACGUGUUGUACCCCCGCCUGCCGCUGUCCCGUGCCUUUACUAACACUUUUGGACCCUCGCUGUCCAACUCUGGCAGUGGCGGGGUCAACAGCACUUCAGGUGUGGGAGGAGGUGGAGGGGUUGAGGGGCACCACCACCCGCCUAACACCAACACCGGCACCUCCAACCCACCGACGCUCCCCUUACCGCUUCCUCGCUCCCUGUCUCGCUCCAACUCUCUGCCCCACCCUGCGGUGGCAAAUGCCUCCAAGGGCCAGGGCACCUCGGAGGGCGGCGGAGGAGGUGGAGGAGGCGGAGGGAGCAGCAGCGGAGGAAACAGCACACCUUUCAGCAUUGGCCGCUUCGCCACGCUGUCGCUCCAGGAGCGCAAGUCGGACAAGUCCGGUUGCAGCAGUGGGGUGGAGAAGGAGCACAAGCGGUACCACAGCCUCGGCAACAUCAGCAAAAGCAACGAUAAGAUCAACGUGGCGCCGAGGAGCAACCGGCUGGACGCCGCCAAGGUCCUGGGCACCACGCUGUGCCCACGCAUGCACGAGGUGCCGCUGCUGGAGCCGCUGGUGUGCAAGAAGAUCGCACACGAGAGGCUGACGGUGCUGGUGUUCAUGGACGACUGCAUCAUCACAGCCUGCCAAGAGGGUCUCAUCUGCACCUGGGCCCGGCCGGGGAAGGCGAACUUGACAGCACAGAACGGGAACUCUCCGAGCGGCACGGUGGUAUAGCUGGAGGAGAAGCUUUGCACUCAUCCCCCAAUCCUUCGUUCCUUGUCUCCUCGCUCUCCACCCAACCUCAAAAUCAGGGGCCAACCACCAGAGACCUACCCCACCUGCCACAGCAGUAUUAAACCCUCAGUAUUACUCUCUGCACCUGUCAUGACCCGAACCCUGUUUCCUUUGGCUCUCACUGCGGCUCGUCCGGUGGGAAACGCUUCCUGAAUCGUCGGCACGUGCCGUAUGAAACUAACAUCGCUCCGACAGAUACGAAGUCUUCAGAUAGACUGAACCGUACAGAGUCAGCUGUCAGUAUUCGGAACAAUUACAAAUGCUUGAAUACUAGCAAAGAGGCUAGCUAGCAUAUCAGGUAGUCGACAAGGUUCUGGUAGCUAAAAACAGUACAGUCAAGAAUAUGCAUGACAUGGUCAAAAGUAUGUGGACGCCCCAUAAGACCCCUCAGUUCCAGUCAAGAGAAGUCGUCAUACGUCAGUAUACAGUCUUCGUCCAACCCUAACCCUCAUUCACCACCUUUGGAGCUGGAACACCUACAGUGAGCCAGACCUGAUCAGCCAACAUCAGUGCUGAACCUCAUCAGUGCUCUUGUGGCUGAAUGGGAGCAAAUCCCUGCAUCUGGUCUGGCAUCUGAUGGGGGACCAGAGGAGUGCAGGACGGUCUGAACACUCACACACACAGUAGGUGUCAUGUUCAGGUGUCCACGUACUUUUUGCCAUGUAACAUAUUUAAAAUUUGAACCUUUGUUCUGGCCUACGAAGGCAACAGCAGUAACUGUUCUGCUCUUCAAAAUUCACCUUUCAUGACUCAGUCGUUCUUCUUGUUGAUAUAAUUGAGAUCCACAAAUUCUGUUUUUCUUCAGUACAAAGAUGAAUUCGUUCUAAGGUCUAAAAAAAUGAAAUCUUGUCCUGAUAAAGCAGGCGGUGAUCCUUCAGCUCUGCCCGUCCGUUAGAAAACUCAUUUUCCAGAGGAGCAUUUCAGGUUGUUUGCUGUCUGGAGUGAGUUUAACCAACCAGAAGCAUCAUGAUGCAGCUUUAGAUUUAAAGGCAGCACUUGUUCCUGUAGAUCAGCUCAGUUAGAGAUCUGAACCGUCUGCCUCACUGUGCGUCGUCUUCAGGAAGACUUCCCCACCUCGUGCCGCUGUGGGACUAAAGCUGAUUCGCGGUGCUUCGGCCCCCUGCCUUCACUUCACCCCUCCGUGAUUCUCUGCAGAAGAACUGCAUGGAACAAACAGAUCGUUUAUCCUCCCUUUCUGUCUGCGACCCUGAAGCAACGAGGAGCCAGCAGCAGGACGGGCUCCGCCUUCAUCCGGCCCCUCCCAUUUCCCCCUUCAUGCAAAAGACACUGCGAACGCCACGGCCGUUGUAUUUAAGUUAUUUAUUUUAUCACAAGACUGUGUAGUAAUUUAUAAUGUAAAUACUGGAAAUACUCUAUAAAUAGAAAAAGGACAAACAUGUAUGGAAAUAAUGAGUUGACAGCAAGGAAGCGAAGAAAAACAGGAAAGAUGAAGAAUAUUAAUAUAUGAAGAUCCUUCUAUUGUACAUAGCAACAGUUAAAACUGAAUGUCUGCUGUUUUAGGGAACUUGAAGAUGUCAACGUGUUUUUAUUUCGUGUGAUAGAGUUUCUUCAGUUCGUCCCAGAGAGCGAGCUGGGUUUGAUCUGUCGACUGAAGCCGAAGCGUUUCGGGUCCAGCGUGACUUUUUAGAGAAAGCGACCCGAGUCGAGCACAGAGAGCAAUAUACAGAGCGGCCGCUAGCCGAGCGUCCGAGCGAAAGGUCCGAGUUCCACUGAUUCUCCUGAACGUCACGCGUGGACAAACAGCAUCUUAAUGAAUAACCUGCUCACGAACAAACACACACUCUUGCACAUUCCGAACGUAGAACUGCUCUAUCUCUCUUUCUCUCUCUCUCUCUCUCUCUCUCACACACACACACACACACACACACACACACACUCCCCUUAUGGUGCAGCAUCAUACAUACUGUGUCUUGGACUCCAUUCCUGUUGCACCUGUAUUGCCUCUUGCAAGUAUUUGCACAUGCAGUAAAUCCACAGUCCAUCCUGAGCUGCAGGAGUUUGUCUCGUCUGAUCUGAGCUCUGUGCAGAAACAGCUCCUGCAACACCACCGUUCACUGCAUAUGUUUGGUACAGAGGAUUAAAUAAGUGGCCAUGUGCAAAGGAGUCCGCUCUGUGUCAAGAUUUGGAUUUAUUUGCUUUGCAUUUUUUGAUUCUGGUGCUUAUUGAAUCUGUGAAAUUAUCUGAAUAACUAAAGAAACUCAAGUAUGUUGCAAAAACCACAGAUCGUCUCUGUGGAUUUGGGCUUCCUGCCAUUAACCUGCCAAAAGGUCACUGAGUCAUUUCUGGCUUUGUUUGUUUUUUCUGGGGUUGGACGUGCAAACGUGAGCAGAUAUUGAGGCAUUAUGAAUAUGGCUGGACGUUAAGAACUCUGCAUGCUGAAAUCAUGCUGCAUGCAAAGCUUCAUCAUAUUAAACAGACUUCCUGCUCCAAUAAUCACACCGAGCGGCUAUUUGAUGUUUAACUUCAUAGUUCGGUCCGGCAUCGUGUUCGUGUCAGCUGGUUCCUGUUUGGCAGGCGUUGACGUUUUGCAGAGUGAGCACAGAAGCUGCAGAAACAUGUCAAUCAAUCCGUACCAAUUUAAGAUGUUAGCUAGUUGGGGGACGAGAGGGACGGCAGAGUCCGCCUGUCCGUCCACCACUUUGGUCCAGACUGAAAACAAACAACAGCCUCAGCCGUGCUUCGUGUUUAGCGCUAAUUAACAAAUGUUAGCAUGCUAACAUGCUAAGCAACGAUGCACAAACAUCAGCACGUUGCUGUUGUCGAUGCUAGCAUGCUGAUGUUAGCAUUUAGCUCACAGCACCACAUAGCUGCUAAUGUCGACUGAGAAAAGCUGCGGAGAUCUCCUCCCUGCUUGUCUCUUGACUCUGGCAUUGAUGAAAAUGAAGAUGACCUCCACAUUGUUUCCUUUAACCUGUCUUACAUGUAUGAAAGCUCGCAGUGCAGCGAGUGUUUCAGCCUGCGUUUGUGUGUUUUCUUUGUCUUUUGUGUGACAGUCUGUCCUAUAAAUAGCAGAGUAACUUCCAGGACUGCAGGAGUCAAGGUUGUGCCCUUGGAGCUGCAGACGGACCUCCAGCUUCCUCACACGGUGUUGGAGCCGGUGCUGUUGCAGCCCAUAUACUCGCCUGUGUUGUCAUAGCAACACCAUGUCCGCUGAGUGUAUCUGGAAUGAGCUCAUGAGCUCUGGGGUCAGUCUCGGCUAAAUUAAUGCUUCAUCACAAUGUCUGAGAUAAGAGGAGAAACUAGAUCUGCUCUCUUUGGAUGUCAAAGGAAAAAUUCACCCCAGAAUGCAACAGAACUGAAGCGAAGCUCGUUCUUCUCCCGAAAUACUGACGCUAACAACGAUUUUAUAAAUGCUGAAUUUGUCCAAACAAGUGUUUAACAGUCUGGAGUUUAGCUGGAUAUCGGCCAGGGUCCGUUCACACGUUAACGUUCAGACACUUUCAAGCUGACAUUGAGAAUUAUGGUCUGCAGGAGGUCAGAGGUGCAUUUUGGUCACAUUUGUUGUGUGUGAAUGCAAAUAUGUUCGUGACUGAGUCAAAGUCAGCAUAUCGGCAUUCGUUCAAACCUGUUUCAUUCAAAAGUUUCCUCUCAUUGUCACUUUCUCAUUCUCAUGUCUCAGAUCCCAAAGUUCAAAACCGAGCGGAGACUCUGAAUCACACCACCAGUGAUCAUACAGCAGGUCUCCCGCUGCACUGUUGACUGUGAGGACAGUCUGUAUGAGCGAAAUAUGUCCGCUUUAGUUUGUUUGGACACAAAACACUUGAAUUAUGCUGCACAGUCAGUUUGAAGGAAUCUGACGGGACAUUUUAGGCUAAUUUCUAAGAUUUGGACGUACGAACUACUGCAGUGUCGGAAGUACAGGAGCCAGAUAACUGAGAAGACAAAUACUUUGAAGUAUUUUCAAUAUAAGGCACUAGAAAAGUAAAAGAGGUCAGUUGAAGCUGCUCCUACUCAUCAAGUGAAGGGUUAAUACUGGUCACAUUAAAACUCCAGACUCACAUCACUAUUCGAUAUUUUUAAGUCUGACAAAGGAAUCUGAAACUCUUUGCAAAUAAAACCUUGAGGGCAGAUUUUCAGAGUCCAAUAAAUAAAUCUAAUGAAUAAAUAAGCUUUAACUGGAUAAAUGGUUCAUGGUUCUUGUUCUUAGUUAACUGAUUAUCUGGAGAAACCCUCACGAAGCACCAUCCUGCAGUUCAAGAGUUCAUUUCCAAAACAAACACUCGCUACUGAGGGCUGAGCGAGUCAUCGUCUCAUCCAAGGAUUUCCAUUACUCUGCUUUAAAAACAACCAUUUAACCUAAUUUCAGAGCAAAGCUGCUUUAGAGCCAGCUGAGAGCGGUGAAGGUAAAUAACAGAGUAAAUACGAGAUGAAUGGAUGAAGAUUUGGCUGUAAGAGCAUCAGGACUUAAGUCUAAGGAGGCUUUGAGCUGUUUAAAAACUCAGACUAAUGAGCGCUGAAGCGAACAAAAGCUGUGAUUGCCGAACCAGCUGCAGCGCCACACAGCUGAGUGUUUCCACCUGAGCAAAUUCAAUGAUUCACCUGUACGGUUUGCUGUCCAGGCCAUCUGCGGGCAGGAAACAAAUGACACGAACACAAAGAAAAUCAUUUUGGCUGUCAGAGUUUUCUGAAAAUGUGCCUCAUUCUGCACAGAACAAACAUUCAGUCUCAUUCUUCUUCACUUUGUCAUCGCUUUGAUUUGACAUUUCAGGCUGAAUCGAGACAAAUGCGUUUUAUUCCUCUGUGUCUGUGUAAGUGUAAAAUAUGCAUUCUCUAUUAUCACCAUACAGGUAUCACAUGCAUGGACACACACACAGACAUACACACACAGAGACACACACACGCAGCAUCACACAUGCUUUCACACACACUUUAUGCCUGUUCUGGUGGGAGUUAUAACGGCAGAAUGACAUCACUGUAUCCAGUUUGUAUAUGGAGAUCUGUUA